AUGAUAUCCGUCGCACAGCAUGGUUUUCUGAGAGGCAAGUCUUGCACAGGUCAGCUCAUUUCCGUUCUUCACCGCAUCAGUCAAAACCUGGAUUCAGGGAAACAAACAGAUAUCUUGUAUUUCGAUGUUGCUAAAGCGUUUGAUACGGUGAAUCAUAGCCUUCUUUUAAAGAAACUCCAACGAUUUGGACUUAGGGACAAUAUUUUAACGUGGUUUAAAAGUUAUUUAUCCGGACGACAACAGCGUGUACUAGUCAAUGGUGAGAUUUCAGAGACACGUCCAGUUUCCUCCGGCGUUCCGCAAGGAUCAAUACUCGGACCACUCCUGUUUCUCAUCUACAUAAACGACCUUCCCGAAUCAAUACCCUCAUCCGCUGUUGACGUUUCCUUGUUUGCCGACGACACAAAAUGCAUCUCAGUUAUUGAAUCACCGGUUGACGCCUGUGUCCUUCAAGCUGAAGCGAGAAACGUGGAGAAAUGGGCUGAGUUUUGGAGGCUCAAAUUCAACGCCGAAAAAUGCAAAGUUCUGAGCGUUACGAGAAAACGUCAUCCUCUUGUUGCUGAAUACAUUGUCAACGGUAAAACUUUGCAGCAUGUUUCCUCCCAGAAAGACCUCGGAGUGACGGUUUGUUCAGAUCUCAGAUGGAACACUCAUAUUUACGAGCAAGUUGCGAAAGCCAACCGCCUACUUGGUAUGCUCAAACGUUCGACUAUCAAAGUUAAAAACGUAAAUACCCGACGCUGUCUUUACCUUACACUUGUGAGAUCCCAUCUUGCUUAUGCCUCACAAGUGUGGUGUCCACAGACUAUCACCAUGUGUAUGGAGCUCGAACGCAUACAACGUAGAGCGACCAAAUUCGUACUGUCUUUACCAUUCCAAACGGACAUGCCAUAUAAAACGAGACUCGCUGCGUUGAAUAUGCUACCUCUCUGUUACUGGCACGAAUAUCUUGAUAUCCUGUUCCUCUUCAAAUGCAAAUAUGGCUUGGUUAAAACUGAUAUCCUACCCGAAGAAGUUGACACUCUGACUUCAACCAUAAAUCUAUACGCUCUUCUAAUAACUCUCUUGUAAAAUAUAACAUUCCUAAAGUAAGAACGCUAUGUCACCAGAACAGUUACCUUGUACGAGUAUCGCGUGUGUGGAACUGCCUACCAGAUGAGCUACGGAAACCAGAACUAUCAUUGCAGAGCUUUAAAUCACGUGUUAUAAACUAUUACCACUCCGCAACAUUAACCGUGUUUGACCAGGAAAAUCCGCAGACGUGGAAAUCAGUUUGUCUGAAAUGCCAUAAAGCCAGGCAGCUUACUGCAACAAUGAAAUGUUGUUCUUAAUUGAACUAGUUAUUUUGGCAAUUAAUAUUAUUCAAUGUAGUAUACUUCAUUUUAUCCGAUGUAGAGUUGGGUUUUUCGCCAUUUUCGUUUUAUUUUAUCGACGGAUACAGAACCUAUAUAUAUUCUCGCAUUUAUUCUGUUUGACAAUUUUGUCAUUUUGCUUUCCCAAAUUUCGAAAUUUUUACGCUCCCUCUCUACUUCGGAUAAAAAGGAUUAUACUAUAUUCUUGUUUGAUAUUUAAAUUAUAAGUUGUGAAGUUUUGUAUAAUGAUGUUUUGUAACAGGUCACUAACGUAAUUGGCUCACGCUGUGUUAGUGUUCCUGAACCGUCUUCCUGUUUGUAUAUGUAUAUUUCGGUUGACGGCUGAAGUUAAUAAAUAUAUAUAUAUAUAUAUAUAUAUAUAUAUAUAUAUAUAUAUAUAUAUAUAUAUAUAUAUAUAUAUAUAUAUAUAUAUAUAUAUAUAUAUAUAAGUUCGUUUACCUCAAGAUUCCGCAACAGUCCGUUUCAUCAGUAAAGAAUCAUCAUACCGCCUGAUGAUUCUUUACUGAUGAAACAGACUGUUGCGGAAUUUUGAGGUAAACGAAAUUCUAUAUUUGCUCUAUCUUUAUGGUAUUGAGCACUCUUUGCGUUUCGUAUACAUAAACCUACUAUAUAUAUAUAUAUAUAUAUAUAUAUAUAUAUAUAUAUAUAUAUAUAUAUAUAUAUAUAUAUAUAUAUAUAUAUAUAUAUAUAUAUAUAUAUAUAUAUAUAUAUAUAUAUAAGAUCGGAUGCGAAUGUUUUAACAUGCUUAAAAAACGACCCAUCUUAUGAGUUUAUUGGCGAAGUAAUUUUAAAAAUAAACAUUGUCUAAGCCGAGAAAAUCAAAGCUAAAAUUUAUGUAAAUCAGGACAAAUCUUUUCCGAUUUACAAACAUUGAUUAAACAUUCAUUUCUUUUGUAUUUUCCUCGUGAAUUGUUAAUGAGAUGUUUAAUUAUAUAUACUUGGUUUAAUCUACAGCAUAUAUUAUUAUAAUAAUUAUAGAUUGUAUACAGUUUUAUGUAUAAAUAGUAUGCAAUUGCACAUCUGGUUCCCAUGAGGCUUGGGAUACCGUAUUUACUCGUUUUAGCGCCGCGGCGCUCUUUAAAUUUUCAGAGCUUUAGAUGCGGCGCUCAUUCGAGGGCGGCGCUCAAUCGGGGGCGGCGCUCUUUAAAAAUAUCUUUUAUUUGUGAAUUAGCCUAUAUCAAGAACUUUUAACAAUAAAAUAAACAUGUUUUGAAUGUCUUUGUCACUAAAUGUCCCCAUUUUGACGGUGGAAAAUUAUUACACUGUUUAGUGCGGCGCUCAUUCGGGGGCAGCGCUCUUUAAAAAAAAUUGAUCUCAAAUGCGGCGCUCAUUCGGGGGCGGCGCUCAAUCGGGGGGGGGGAGGGGGGCUCAAACGAGUAAAUACGGUAAGUAUCAUUGUGAAAUAAUAGGGUGAUAUACAGUAUAUAGGUGUUCCAUCAAAUUUCCACUGUGUUUCAUGUCAGUAUUGUAUUCUGGGUUGAAAAAUUUUUAUCAUUAAGGAUAGAGAAUAUUUCAAGAGUACUAGUAACAGUUUCCAAUAUUCUUCAGGGACAUAAUCAAUAACCAUCAACAAUUAGACAUUAAUCAUUAUAAUUAAUGAAGAGCAUAGCCAUUGUAAACCAGUCCCGAUAACCAAAGUAAUGAGCAAAACUUCACGGAUGACGUAGAGAAUAUGUUGUGCAGGUCCAACAUUACCGAGUCAUCAACAGCACAAUAUAAAUAAUGGAUACUAG